GGCCUCCAAAGUUAAAACCAUCAGCCAGCUACACAUUAUAAAACUUCUUCACUCCAGUUCUAGGGUUUGCACUUUGGACCCUCCGCAGCAUCCCUUCUUUUCAGAGCCGUUGUAGCGCACGCGAAGAGAGCUGCUUGUGGAGCCACUCUGAAACCCUACCCAUGUCGCUCGUAGCGAAUGAAGAAUUUCAGCAUAUUCUUCGUGUAUUGAACACGAACGUGGAUGGCAAGCAGAAGAUCAUGUUUGCCCUUACUUCCAUCAAAGGUAUUGGGCGCCGUUUUGCCAACAUCGUCUGCAAGAAAGCCGAUGUCGACAUGAACAAAAGAGCUGGUGAGCUGUCAGCUGCUGAGCUUGACAACCUCAUGGUGAUAGUUGCAAAUCCCCGUCAGUUCAAAAUUCCAGACUGGUUUCUGAACAGGAAGAAGGAUUACAAAGAUGGAAAGUAUUCCCAAGUUGUUUCCAAUGCAUUGGACAUGAAAUUGAGGGAUGAUCUUGAACGAUUGAAGAAGAUCAGGAAUCACCGAGGUCUUCGUCACUACUGGGGUCUUCGGGUGCGUGGGCAGCACACCAAGACCACUGGUCGUAGAGGAAAGACUGUUGGUGUCUCCAAGAAGCGAUAAUCUGGAAACCAAGUUUUGUCUUCUCCGUCUGUUCUUGCUUCUGGCUUGCUUAUUUUGGAGUCUUCCAUUAGAGUAAACCUGCCGUAAUUUGAAACAAUGAGUGCACUUAUUGUAAUUCCUAUUGCUUUAGAUACAUGCCUAGUUAUUUUUCCUCCUAUUAUAUUUUUCGCAAUUUGGAAUAUUUUGGUAGUUUAAGAUUUUAAAAAAGCCUGAAGUCGUAUGUUUUUCCUGGAUGCAGUCUUUCUUUUUUCCCGGAAAUGAACUCUUGUAAACAAUGUGAGGUUGGCCUCUGAUCAAGGUGGCAAUUAGGGUGUUUGCCAUGAGGGAAAAUAUUUGUGAAUUUGUUUCUUUGGUGAA